CAGGUGAGUAAGGCCCAAAUAAGCGGAUUAAGGGCCAACUAAACGCAUCAGCCCAACAAUCACUGGCAAAGCCUACUAUCAUAACUCAAUCAAGGCCCCAAAAGCGGACAAACCGCCUGGCUGCUGCAGAUACAUACCGUGGCGUACGCAGUUUGCGCGGAGCAGGGUGCGGAUAGACCCACCACCCUUGGUCCAUCUCAUGUCAUCCAUCCAUCCCCACGCACCUAGAAGCAAAUGGAAAACCCAACCAAAUAAAUCAACGAGACGAGCUAGCAACAGCAUCGCUAACCCUAAAAACCCCCAAUCUCCCACCUCCCGAUCCCGGUCUCGCCGCCGCGACCACGGGGCUCACCGGCCGGCCGACCCGCCGCGACUGCUCCGGAGGUAUCUGGGUUGAAGUUGUGUUAACAAAGACAGCCGUUUGUGCCAAGAAUCUUGGGAGCUCUGAAAGGAGAUUUCAUAAUGGAGUUCUCAAAGCAAGGGCAGACACCUAACAUGGGGUCCCAACCGCUGCCCUCUUCAAAUGUCCAAUCUAAUCAGGCCGAGUAUCCCUCUAUGUUUUAUCCAUCCUUGCCCGGUGGCUGGGGUGCACAGCCGAUGUUCUCUAUGGGAGCUUCGGUACCACUUAGCUCAUAUUAUAUUGUCCCUAUGAGUCAACAAUCAGUCCAAGUUGGUGCUUCCAGGCCAGAUGCUUCACAUCCUUUGGGGGCACAACCUUUAAUGAGUAGAGUAUCAUUGAGGCCACCCCAGCAGGUGCUAAAUAUUCAAACAUCUUUUCCAGCAAUGGUUGGAUCACAACCCUCGCCAUCCACUGCAGGCAAGAAAUCACAACAGACAGUUGCUUCUCCAAAGGUUCAAAUGUUAAAAUCUACUCUGUUACAAUCUAUUAAACGUUCUGCGCAGAAGGAGCCACUAUCAAAGGUCCAACCUCAGCAACUUGAUUCUGUCAGGUCCAAGUUCAGGGAGUCACUUACUGCUGCACUAAAAAUGGAUUCUGAUCAACAGAGUAAAAGUCAAUCUUCUGAGAAUGUUCAGCCUGAUGGGUCUGUGGACAAAAUGAAUCAGGCGGAGGGAGAUGCAGUACAUGAUUCAGCGACAACCGCAUCGAAAGAUGUGAGCACAACCAAUUCAGUUGCGGUCACAACUGUAGCUGCCAAGAAAUGCGAGGAAGAUGAGAAGUUUAGCAGUGAUUUAGUUUCAAACAUGAUCACAAGCAUAAAUGGUGACAUGCAGCAACAAUCAGACCAUGUUUCUUCAGAAGAUGCAUUAUUGAGUCAGUGUAUGGUUGCAGAUGAGCUCUUGCAAGGUCAUGGACUUAGUUGGGUUUCUGAUUUUGAUACUGGGAUUUCUGAACCUUAUAUGGAACCUAAUUUAAAGAGGCCGAGAACUUCUGGUGUGGACCCUGGGGUUACAGAAUCUCUGACAGAGUCCGAGUCAAAAAGAAUGAAGUCUGCCAAUGAGGCAGUGAUAAAUAAGGAUAGUCUUAAUCAAAAGGCUGAAAGUUUGGCAUUUAAAAUUGAAGAGGAGUUGUUCAAACUUUUUGGUGGAGUUAAUAAGAAGUAUAAGGAGAAAGGUAGAUCGCUUUUGUUUAACUUGAAGGACAAAAGCAAUCCUGAGCUAAUAGAGAGGGUCUUGUCUGGAGAUAUUGCACCUGAACGUCUCUGUUCAAUGACUGCUGAAGAUCUUGCAUCCAAGGAGCUCUCACAGUGGCGGUUGGCUAAAGCUGAAGAGUUUGCACAAAUGGUUGUCCUUCCUACUACUGAAGUUGAUGUUAGGCGUUUGGUUAGGAAAACACACAAAGGAGAGUUCCAAGUAGAAGUAGAAGAACCAGAUGGUAUCUCAGUGGAGGUUGAGCUUGGGGGUAAUCUUACUAAUAUUCUGUCAAAAGCUGUGGAAGAUCAGACGAAGUGCAAUGACAAAACGAAUUCAGAUGAUAAAGCAGUUGUUCAAGAAAAAAACAAGGCAUUUGAUAGCACUUCACAAGAUGAGGAUGGUGGGACAGGCAACAAUGAUUUGUCAGGUGAUCUAGAGUAUAUUGAUAAUGAGAAAGCUGAUCUCAUGCAGGAACUUAUUUUGGAUGACAUGAAGGACGAAAAUCUUCCACCAAUUCCUUCGUUAGAUGAAUUCAUGCAGGGCUUAGAUUCCGAGCCUCCUUUUGUUGAUCUCUCAGUUGGGACCACACAAGAAGAUGGCAAUGAUUGUGAGGAACCUGACACCACCUUGGAGUCCGAGGAACUUCCUGAAACAGAAGAUAAAGCUUCUGCACCAGAGAAGACUGCAUCUGAAUCUGAUAAGUCAUCUCCAAAGGUUAACAGUGAACACAAGUUAGAGUCACCUGGACAUGCAGCGGGUCAAAAUUCGGAUUUUACCGAACCAGGUGAAGGAGAGCUGAUCAAAAUCUCCCCUGGUAAAGAUGAGGUCAAGCAAACAGCUACUGAUAAUGUGUCUAAUCCUGAUUCUAUUCUGCACAAUAAGGCAACUACUAUUCCUAUGAUACGUGAGAGUAUAUGGGAGGGUGCAAUCCAACUGACUAUGUCUUCACUCACUAAUGUUGUUGCCAUCUUCAAAAGUGGUGAAAAGCCAUCACUAAAAGAGUGGCGUACCUUUGUUGAGAUCAAGGGGAGAGUUAAACUUAGCGCUUUUCAAGAGUUUGUCGAACAGCUUCCCAAAUCCAGAAGCCGUGCUAUAAUGGUAACUGAGCUGUGUUGGAAGGAGGGUUCUCUGGAGAGUGGUCGCCAACAUCUCUUGCAGACCAUUGAUUCAUAUGUUUCUGAUGAGAGAGUAGGAUUAGCUGAACCUGCAGAUGGAAUAGAGCUGUACCUGUGCCCUUCCCAAGGGAAAACCGUGGAGAUUCUAUCUCGGCACUUGCCAAAGGAGCAUUUGGAGAGUCUUGCUGUGGCGGGAUCAUCCUUCAUUGGAGUCGUUGUCUGGCGGAGGCCCAAUGUUCCUAGGGUACCCUCCCACCAUAGACAUGAUGGUUCCAAGAGGCAGUCAAUCCUAAGGAAACCACAGGUUACUAAUUCGGUCCCUAGGCCCUCCUUGCCUCUGAACUCAUAUGGUGCACCACCAGGCUUUCCCAACCAGCGUCACCACCACGAGGAGGAUGUAACUGAUGAUGUCCCUCCGGGCUUUGGCCCUGGUGUUGCUAGGGAUGAGGACGAUCUUCCUGAAUUUAACUUUGUUAACUCGUCAAACCCUGCUGCUAAUGUAACUGCACAUGCCUACAAGGGCCGGCAACAUGUACCACCCUCUGCUCGCCCAACAGAGCAAAUGCGGGAACUGGUUCAGAAGUAUGGUAAAAGAUCAUCUGUUCAAGUUCAUCCCUGGGAUGACGACGAUGACGAUGACAUACCAGAAUGGAUUCCCAACCAAGCCACCCACCAGCCAAUUAGGCAGCCAACACUGCCACCCGCCCCACAGCAACAGUCGUUGCCUCCACCACCUCCCGUUCAACAAAUGCAUGCCUACCACCAGCAGCAACAGCUUUACCACACGAACGCAGUGCAGCCUCAGGUGCCCAGCAGCCCGCUGCCCCAGGCUUGCCUCAGGACCCAGCAGCCUGUGCAGCACCAGCUCCGUUUGCAGCAGCAGCCUAAUGCUUGGUGGCCGCAGCCGCCGCACCGGUGACUAACAUAGUAAAGCAGCAACCCCAGUAUGGUGUAGUGCCCAGCAAUAGCAGCGUUCAGGGCUAUGACUCUGGCAGCGUGAGUUGUAUGGCAUGGAGACCGAUAUAGAACAUUGUAAAAUUCAAUCGGUUUUCCUUGUAGCUGUGGUACAGCCUGAGAGCGUCCGUUGUAGCUGUAGUACAAGGGAUGUAAUCUGGAUAGACUAGAUAGUUGCUGGUUGUAGUCGUAAUCUUUAGGAAUUCUACUACCAUCGUUUUGAACAAUAGUUGCUCUUCUCGGAUCAUUCUGUGCUCGUACGCACAGCGAACAACCACAACAAUGUACAUCAGAACUGAACUUUCGAAACCUUGAGCGCAUCAGAACUUGAUGCUCGUUUUAAACCCUUUUAAUUGA